AUGCCCAACCUGACAGCUGUGCCACAAUACAAGCAAUCUCACCUAGGCUUAGCGCUGUACCCCUCACCGCACCAAGGCUAUCGAGCCACGUUCCACCUUCUCUUAGGCAUCCACUCUACAACCUACAUCGUUUACACCGUGCCUUACGAUCGUGAUGUGGUCGUCAACUGCAUCAAAAGACACUAUGAUUUACUCGUGCGCAUAGCCUACCUGGACCCCGACGUGAUUCUCCACCCACCGCCUGGAGGUUGGAGUGAUGAGCAGCUCGCUGUCGAUACAUUGAAAGAGAGGAAACGCUCGGAGAGGGUCAUUGAUCUUUUGCGGCAUAUGCCUUAUUUGAGUAAGAAUAAGGAUACGGUGGGCAAGUACGAGGUCUAUAUCGAAACGGACGCAUGCACCUACCUCCGCAAUCAUGGCUGGUUUAAAGACGAGUAUAGGGAUCCUUAUGGUCUCAUGAUGCCGUGGAACUCGGAGCAGGACUCGCCUGCUGGUUUCAUUCCGUUGAGCAUGGGUAACGCCGCAACCGUAUGGAUGGUUGAUACGGACGAAGGGAUAAUUUGGCCUAUGGGACCGUUUAUUGUGACUCAAGGUGCGCCGGAAGAUCAGCCAUGGCGGGCAUGCGCAAAGCCUCGCGACAUCCAGGAGUACUUCGAUGAGCUCUACACCGAGAUCGAGACCUUGGUCACUGUUCCGGUACCAAAGACAAAAAGUGAUUGGAGGUGGUAUCACGAGAUACUAUCAUGUCGGGAGAAGGAUGGAGCACAAGUUCAGCGCUUGCUUAAAGAGCAUGGCUGGCCGGAAGCUCUCAGAAAGGAGGAAUAUCUUAAGGCUCUCGAGGAAGAGCGCUAUGACGCUAAACGCAACGAAGGGAAGAAGAGAGAAGAGAAAGAGAGAAGACGGAAGACAAGGCGCGAAAUCGCUGUUGGCAAGACCUAUGAUCUGCGUUCCAAGAGUGGGAAGGGCGGUAGUACAGCGAGCUGA